AAAUAAAUGAAUAAUUUUGAAAAGGUUGAAGCUUUUGGAUAAUUGCCCUAAGCUAGAUUUGGCCACACAAUAACAUACAUUGCAAAAGGAAAGGCAAUAUUAUUUGGAGGUAAAUGAGAAUAAUUAAAUGACAGGCGCGACUGGUGACACAGGGAAAUAUAGUAUUACAGGAGAUACUUUCUCAUUUGAUAUGUAAAGUAAGUAGUGGAAAAGAGUAGAAGGUAUAUAUAAUAAAGAAAUGAAUAGUUUAGGGCACAGCACCUUCUCCUCGAGCAGCACAUUCGGCUGUUUGCGUUGAUGUAAAUUAAAUAGUAAUCUAUGGUGGAGCAACAGGAGGUAAAAAACAUGGAUUAAUUAUGUUAGGUGGUAGUCUAGCAUCAGAUGAUCUAUAUUUAUUAGAUUUAAGAUCAAAUGAUGAUAUUGGAUAAUGGACCGUAGUUCCAGUAGUAGGAACAACUCCAGGUAGAAGAUAUGGUCAUACCUUAACCUUUACAAAACCUUUUUUAAUAGUCUUUGGAGGUAAUACUGGACAGGAACCAGUUAAUGAUUGCUGUAUAAAUAAUGCAUUUAAAUUUAGGGUGUGUCAAUGUAGAAAAGAGUCCUAUUACUUGGGCUAGAUUAGAAUGUAAAUCUGAAUAACCAUUAGCAAGAGUUUAUCAUUCUGCUAGUAUAUGCACUAAUGGAAGUGCUAAUGGAAUGGUUGUAGCAUUUGGUGGACGUUCUAAUGAUUAAAUAGCAUUAAAUGAUGCAUGGGGAUUAAGAAGACAUAGAGAUGGAAGAUGGGAUUGGGUUAAAGCCCCAUAUAAAAUUGAUAAAGAAUAACCAGUUGGAAGAUAUCAACAUACUACAUUGUUUGUUUACAGCAUGCUAGUUGUUAUUGGGGGUAGAACUGGAAAUGUUGGAGAAACUUUGACUAUUGAUGUUUAUGAUACUGAAACAUCAGAAUGGUCCAAAUUUAAUAGUAUUUAAAGAUUUAGACAUUCAUCUUGGUUAGUAGACACCAGUAUUUUUGUCUAUGGAGGAUUUGAAUUAGAUUCACCAAAUAUUCCAACUGAUAUAAUAUCUAAAAUUAAUUUAAAUCGAUUACUAUUGCCAAGCGAAACCUUGACUAAUAAAUUAGCUUAAUAUCAACAUGCUUAAAGAAAGUAUUAUAUAAUGUUAUUAUAAAGUGUAUCACCAUAAUCGUUAUCACCAUAAAUGACCCCAGUCUCUCCAGAUACUUAAGCUUCUCCUUUGAAUAAUUCUUUAAUUCAAAAAAAACCUGGCUAAAGCAAUCAAAAUACACAAAAAUAAUAAAAACCAUUUGGUUAAAACUAAGCAGAUAAAUCUUAAUUUAAAUUUAUAAAUUAAGCAGUAAUUGCUGAAGAAGCAAGAGAUUCAAAAGCACCUAAUAAAAAGGGAAGAGUACCUUAAACUGCACAAGAAAAUAAUAUUGCUCAUUUAUUCAUUACAACAUUACUGUAACCUAAAACUUUUAUAAAUAUCUCAGAGAAUGCAAAGUUUUUAUUUUAAGCUUAACAUAUAAUUAUGUUAUGUGACUAAGCAGAAGCAAUACUAAAGGAACAACCAAUGGUUUUAAGAUGCAAAGCUCCAAUUAAGAUUUUUGGGGAUAUUCAUGGGUAGUAUUCAGAUUUGAUGAGAUUCUUUGAUUUAUGGGGAUCUCCUUUUGUUGAUGGUAAGGAUAGUGACAUUGAAGCAUUUGAUUAUCUAUUUUUAGGAGAUUUUGUUGAUAGAGGGAAUCAUUCUUUAGAAACAAUCUGUUUAUUAUUAGCUCUAAAGGUAAGAUUUCCAGAAUCAAUUCAUUUGAUAAGAGGAAAUCAUGAAGAUAAAUGGAUAAAUAAUGGUUUUGGAUUUUCAGAGGAAUGUGCUUAAAGAUUAGGAGAAGAUCCUAAUGAUGAAGAUUCAGUUUUUGCAAGAGUAAAUCGAUUAUUUGAAUGGUUACCAUUAGCCGCCAUAGUAGAAGAUAAAAUUAUAUGUCUUCAUGGAGGAAUUGGUAGCUAACUAAAUUAUGUUGCUGAGAUAGAAAAUCUAUAAAGACCUUUGGAAGUGAUCCAUGAAGUCACAACUCCUGAAUAAUAAUUAGUAGUUGAUAUUUUAUGGUCAGAUCCAACUGAUACAGAUCAAGAUUUUGGAAUCUAACCAAAUAUUAUUAGAGAUCCUGCAGGUACUGGAAAUAUAGUAAAAUUUGGACCAGAUAGAGUUAUUAAUUUCUUAAUUAAAAAUAAUCUUUCUUUAAUUAUUCGUGCACAUGAAUGUGUUAUGGAUGGUUUUGAAAGAUUUGCUGGUAUUAUUAAAUUAUUAUUUUUUUUAUAGGAGGUUAAUUACUCACUGUUUUUAGUGCAACUGAUUAUUGUGGCAGACACAAAAAUGCAGGUGCUGUCCUUAUUCUUAAAAGAAACUUAGAAAUAGUACCAAAAUUAAUAUAUCCUCAAAAUCUUAAUGCUCAUAAUUGGAUUGAGGAUGAAGAGGCUCUAAAAAAGAGACCACCUACACCACCUCGCUGGAAAAAUUAGGGUCAACGUAGAAGCUAUGAUUGA